CAGCGACUUUUAAAAUAUUUCUUUCAACGAUAAUUAUUAUGCUGAGAUUCAGUCGUCUUUGAUAAGUCAACGUAGAUAGGCAUCACUCUCGUGACUUGCUCGAUUCGUUUCUCUUUUUUCUUCUUUAUUUCAAAAAAAAAAUCAUCAUGACUGUUGCCGUGACAGUGAAAUCAAAACAGUUUAAAGGAAUCAAAGAGAUCGUUGGUGUUCAGGACAUCACAGAUAACCGCAACAUAUGGAAAAUGCUUAUUGCUGAAUUCCUUGGAACAUUGAUGCUGGUUUCUAUUGGUAUAGCAAGUACAACUGGAUGGGUUACUGAUGCCGAACCAAACAUCCCUCAAAUAGCUUUAUGCUUUGGAUUAGUCGUUGCAACAUUAGCUCAGGCUUUUGGUCAUGUCAGUGGUUGUCACAUUAAUCCAGCAGUUACUUGCGGUCUUAUGGUCACUGGUGAUGUCAGUAUUCUCAAAGGAGCAUUUUAUAUCUGUUCGCAAUGCAUUGGAGCAAUUGCUGGUGCAGCUAUCAUAAAAGCCGCGACUCCGUCCGAGUUUGUUGGAGGUUUGGGAGUAACAGGUCUUCAUCCGACAUUAUCACUCACUCAAGGUGUUAUCAUUGAAGCUCUUAUCACAUUUAUUCUCGUGUUUGUUGUACAUGGCGUUUGCGAUGGUCGCAGAUCUGAUAUUAAGGGAUCCGCUCCAUUAGCCAUUGGACUUUCUAUCACAGCGGGACAUCUUGCAGCGAUUAAAUUUACUGGUGCCAGCAUGAAUCCAGCAAGAAGUUUUGGUCCCGCAGUGAUUAUGAGCGCUUGGACAAAUCAAUGGGUUUAUUGGGUUGGCCCAAUUCUUGGAGGAAUCGUCGCUGGCAUUGUUUACAGGAUAUUCUUUAAAGUGCGAAAAGGUGAUGAAGAAGCAAAUUCUUACGAUUUCUAAGACGCAUUCAAAUCAUCUCAAACUUUUCUUCUUUUAUUUUACACAAAUCAAUCACAAGCAAACACAUAGUUAAGUGCACAUCCAAGAAAUCUUUUUUAUCUCGAAGGAAAGUUUUAAAAAUUUUCUUUUUCUCUUCUCACAUUUUAAGUUUGUAAAUAUUUUUUUUGUUUCUUUUUAAUUUUAUUAUACAAUG